AUGUAUGUAGUUAGGUCACAGAAGAAUCAAAGAAAGAAACAACAUGGACUCUUAAGGAGCUCGGGGUCGGGCCUUAGGGACUGGCCGCCUCAGGGACUGGCCGCCUCAGGGACUGGCCGCCUCAGGGACUGGCCGCCUCAGGGACUGGCCUCAGGGACUGGCCUCAGGGACUGGCCUCAGAGACUGGCCUCAGAGACUGGCCUCAGGGACUGGCCUCAGGGACUGGCCUCAGGGACUGGCCUCAGGGACUGGCCGCCUCAGGGACUGGCCGCCUCAGGGCCUGGCCUCAGGGCCUGGCCUCAGGGACUGGCCUCAGGGACUGGCCUCAGGGACUGGCCUCAGGGACUGGCCUCAGGGACUGGCCUCAGGGACUGGCCUCAGGGACUGGCCUCAGGGACUGGCCUCAGGGACUGGCCUCAGGGACUGGCCUCAGGGACUGGCCUCAGGGACUGGCCUCAGGGACUGGCCUCAGGGACUGGCCUCAGGGACUGGCCUCAGGGACUGGCCUCAGGGACUGGCCUCAGGGACUGGCCUCAGGGACUGGCCUCAGGGACUGGCCGCCUCAGGGACUGGCCUCAGGGACUGGCCGCCUCAGGGACUGGCCGCAAUGAUAACAUUGUGUUGCACAUACAUUGGACUGGCCGCCUCAGGGACUGGCCGCCUCAGGGACUGGCCUCAGGGACUGGCCUCAGGGACUGGCCUCAGGGACUGGCCUCAGGGACUGGCCGCCUCAGGGACUGGCCGCCUCAGGGACUGGCCGCCUCAGGGACUGGCCGCCUCAGGGACUGGCCGCCUCAGGGACUGGCCGCCUCAGGGACUGGCCGCCUCAGGGACUGGCCGCCUCAGGGACUGGCCGCCUCAGGGACUGGCCGCCUCAGGGACUGGCCGCCUCAGGGACUGGCCGCCUCAGGGACUGGCCGCCUCAGGGACUGGCGCCUCAGGGACUGGCCUCAGGGACUGGCCUCAGGGACUGGCCUCAGGGACUGGCCUCAGGGACUGGCCUCAGGGACUGGCCUCAGGGACUGGCCUCAGGGACUGGCCUCAGGGACUGGCCUCAGGGACUGGCCUCAGGGACUGGCCUCAGGGACUGGCCUCAGGGACUGGCCUCAGGGACUGGCCUCAGGGACUGGCCUCAGGGACUGGCCUCAGGGGACUGGCCUCAGGGACUGGCCUCAGGGACUGGCCUCAGGGACUGGCUCAGGGACUGGCCUCAGGGACUGGCCUCAGGCACUGGCCUCAGGGACUGGCCUCAGGCACUGGCCUCAGGGACUGGCCUCAGGCACUGGCCUCAGGGACUGGCCUCAGGGACUGGCCUCAGGGACUGGCCUCAGGGACUGGCCUCAGGGACUGGCCUCAGGGACUGGCCUCAGGGACUGGCCUCAGGGACUGGCCUCAGGGACUGGCCUCAGGGACAUCUAUGCAGCCAAAAUCUUUUUUUUCACAGUUUUCACCACUGACGUAGCAGCCAUCUUCCUGUGGACUCACCCCCCGCAAGAGGAUCAGGGACUGGUGCUAUGA